AUGGCGACUCAAGACUCACGGAGUAUUCUUUUCACGAAUACACACCCCCAACAGGGGUUCCGGCUAUUGGAGCUUACCCCGGAAUUAGAGGCAUUGUUGUCUUCCAAGGAUGCCCCAGCGCUCGAGCUCAAAUCCCCCUCUGCCGCACUCGCCCGUGCCGUGGUCGAUCCCAGUGCCCCAGAAUAUGUCAACCUGUGCACGCCUACGCAAACAUACCGUAUCCGUCAAGUCCAAUCAUCAAACUCUCUCCACAUCCUCCGACCUAGUCUUGGGCAGAUCUCAAGGGCAGACAUCAAAGUCGUCGAAGAGGAGGCUGGCGAGAGCGGGACAUUAAAUCUUCCCGACGAGGCCGUGACAGCAAUUGCGAAGUGCGGAUCUACGUUGGAACUACACGUCCCGCCGGGAGGGUUCUCUGCAGUACCCUUCUUGGAGAAGAGCUUGGGUCUAUAUGAAAAACGGAGCGGCGAUGAUGACGGGGAUAUCGCUAUGGACGAGUCUUCGAAUGGGGCUGGCGCAUUGGGUCCGGCUGAGACGAGACAAAUGAGAGAUCGUGUGCUUGUGGAUGUUCCCGUUUCCUCGGCUCAGUGCGAAGCUGGCUGGACGGAGAUUUGCGCGUUUGUCGACGAGGAGCAAGGUGUAUGCUGGAGGCCUUCGGCACGGAUGCGGCUGAAUGUGUGGAAGCGCUUGAUGGAGGGUGCUAUUCUACAAGGAAUCGACCUGGAAAAGCAGUUCCUUGUUGGGGACCUGUGGAAGUCGGUUCUUGACGACGAUGAUGCUUCAGAGCCAUUCCCACGGGCGCUCCUUGAAGCCGUGGCGAGAAGGCUUUGCGUGGAAGACGAGCGGCCAUCGUUGGCUGACGAAAUCAAGUGGGCGAGCUUUGACAAGGCCGAGUGUACGCAAUGGGUAGGCGAAAUAUAUCUCGCUGCUACAGCACCCACACCAUCAUCAGCAACCGGGCGGAGCGACUUCCUCCGUGAGUGGAAAGAUUGUCUUCCAGAAUCCUGGAGAGACGAGGUCGCUCUAUCUAAGUUACAGCCGGGGUCCUACCAGAGCCCCGAUCCUACAACGAUAUGCUUCGUUGAGCCAUCGCAACGGCAGCAAGUCAGCAAGACUUCUGCCGCUGCACCGGCUGCAGCUGCCAAAGCGAAGACGACCAGAAACUGGCAUGAAUUGCUAAAAAAUCAAAAGCGCCGCUGA